GGAAAUAAAAAAAAAUUUCUUCCACUUUACAAAAACACAAUUAAUACAAGUAUAAUUUUGUGUGCGUUUUUCUUUCUACUUGAACUUUUUUUAAAUACUAAUUUAUAUGUCAUUAUCAAGACAUAAAAAUCCGUGAAAAAUAAUACAAAAUGAAUCUUCACAAGAUGAAGCCUUCUCGAUUUAUCAUGUCUUUUAGAAGUCGACCAAACUAAUGAUCUCACUACAACAAAUCUUAGACACUACUAUGUUUUGAUUCAAUACUUGUGAUGAUGACUCUCUCUUAUUAACUGAAACGACAAUAUAUCAAAAACACUAUGUAUAUACUCCGUAAUAAAAGUACAAGAGAUUUAGCAAAACUCCAAAAUAAGAAAUAACGUAAAUGUCAAAACAAAUAAAGUAAAAAUAACUUACUCCGUAAAAUAACUUCUCCAAUUCUCCACUUAUAAUAGAACAAAACGUUUCUGACUUGCCGAAAUAUUCCGAGCCCUAUAUAGAUAAUUUUUUUUUUUUGUAGAACUAUGUAAAUAGUUUUUUAUUCAAUAUAAUAUUAUUUCUUAAUUAUAAAAGAUAAAAUAAAACAAAAUUAAAAAAUUAACAUUCAAUUUAUAAGUAGCCCACGUCUAGCACAGAAAACGGCCUCGCUUCAAACGAACUUCUUCUUCUUGUUCGUAAAAAGAAGUAAGCUGCAAUAUCCAAACUCAUUCUUCGGUAGAAGAGAGAGAAAACAUUAUAAAUUGCCAAAUUAUUUUCUUGAUAAUCUCAAAGUUUAAGGCAAGUUAUCAAUCCACUAUAUAUCAGCUCAUCCUAAGCUUGCUUGGUUUGUUGUAAGAAGAGAUCUUCCCAAAUACAAAAACUUUGGCUUUUUCCUCAUUUUUGAUCAUUACUCAUGAGUUCAUCAAUAGGUUCAAUUCAUGAACUGUAUCAUAGCCUAGAGAUCAAAGAUGAAAGACCUUAUGUGAUUCGAGUUAUCGAAGAUUUCAAGAAAAGAUCACUUUCAUACCAUACCUACCAAGGACUUGUAUUGAUUGUAACAUUCUUAUCAUAUGCAACAUACCACGUAACCCGUAAAACCUCGAGUAUAGUGAAGGGUGCCCUUGAUCCUCAAACACCAACAUCGCCUUCAUUAGACUUAAAAUCCUACCCAUGGCAGAAAAAUUACCUUAACUUAUCUAAUGGAAAUGUAACAUUAUUGGGUGCAAACAAUGGUGGAUGGGAGCCAUUUAAUGGGAGUGAUGGCACGGCUAUGCUCGGUUACCUUGAUGUGGCUUUUCUUGCAGUCUAUGCUGGAGGAAUGUUCUUCUCAGGGCACCUCGGCGAUAGAAUGAAUUUGAGAGUGUUUUUAACCAUUGGAAUGAUUGGAACUGGAUUUUUUACAGCAUUAUUUGGAAUGGGAUAUUGGUUCAACAUUCAUAAUUUUUACUACUAUUUGGUUGUACAAAUGCUUGCUGGUGUGUUCCAAUCCUCUGGUUGGCCUUCGGUUGUUGCAAUUGUUGGAAAUUGGUUCGGAAAGGGUGGCAGGGGUUUGAUCAUGGGCAUUUGGAACGCGCAUACUUCAGUUGGCAAUAUCACUGGUUCUUUGGUCGCGUCUGCCUUAUUGAAGUAUGGGUGGGGAUGGUCAAUGUUUGUUCCUGGUCUUAUGAUUGGGUUCAUUGGCUUGGUUGUUUUUUUCGUGUUGCCUGUUAGUCCCUUGUCCGUAGGGAUGCAUAUGGGUGAUGAAGAAACAGAUUCUCCUAAGAAAGGUUUCUUGGCCGAACCCUUUAUGCCCUUGGAAGCAAUUGCUGAACAUGAAACACUCGAGGAGGAAAAGGCUGUCGGAUUCAUUGAAGCAUGGAAGAUUCCUGGAGUUGCCAAUUAUGCUCUUUGCCUGUUCUUCGCGAAAUUGGUUGCUUAUACUUUCCUGUAUUGGCUUCCCUUUUACAUCAGUUAUACAGAAAUUGGAGGAGAAUACCUUUCUAGCGAGACAGCAGGAAACCUGUCAACUUUCUUCGAUUUAGGAGGUGUGGUUGGUGGAAUUUUAGCUGGUUUUGUAUCGGAUAAACUUGAUGCCAGGGCAAUAACAGCGGCUUCCUUCACAUAUUUUACCAUCCCGGCUCUCUACAUGUACAGAAGCUAUGGAUUCAUCAAUGUGUAUAUGAAUAUUGGCCUCAUGUUCAUUGCCGGAAUGUUUGUCAAUGGACCGUAUGCUUUAAUCACAACUGCAGUGUCAGCUGAUCUCGGAACACAUAAAUCACUGAAGGGCAACUCAAGGGCACUUGCUACUGUCACCGCGAUUAUAGAUGGUACAGGCUCAAUUGGUGCUGCUAUUGGACCUUUGCUUACAGGUUACUUCUCAGCCAUAAGCUGGGAUGCAGUUUUCACAAUGUUAAUGACAGCAGCUUUAAUAGCAGGACUACUACUCACUAAACUUGUGAUCGAUGAAAUACGAGCAAAAAUUGAUGGAUACAGAUCUCCUAGAGGGUCAAGAGCAGAUGUUCUUGUAUGAAAAUAAACAAAAAUCCCGUAAAACAGGAUCAUUUUUUUUGUUCAUCGUGUGAUUAUUCUUAGAGUGUUCAUGAACUUAGGCUCAUAUAUAUCCUCAGCUCGUAGGAUGAAACGAAGAGAUGGCAAAGACCCUCGACGUCUAACUAGAAUUGGAGCAAAGGAUCACAUACAUUCAUCUGUAUAUUCUGUAUUGGAGGGCAUUUACAGGGGAUUGACUACCAAGUUCAAGGAUCAGAAAUCCCUUAGUUGGGAUAUCAGAAACUAAGAAAAAAAAAAUUGUGAAUUUUUAUUUUCCUUUCCAUAAAUUAUAUUUGGAAUUAUGGAGGGAAAAGCUUCAUGUUGUAAAUUAUAUUUAUCACAUUUGUACAAAGUUUUGUUUUUGUAUGUUUGUACUAAAAAAUCGGCAUUCAAAAAAAUCGUUUAUUUAUGAGGCACAAAGUUUUUACUCCA